GGUUGAGAGAGCAGAAGGGAGAGAGCUAAUAAUAUGCCGCCUAAACGAGCGUCCAUGCGUGUUUCCAACCAACAAAAGGCGACGGGGGAACUAUAUAAGAGUCUGAAGACAAGUGCAGCUCUUUCUGGCGGCGGGAAGCAACGAAAAGGGACCGCAUGCUCGCGGGAACAAAAGAGCGAAAUUGGCGGGAAAACUGGUAAAAGCAAGAAAGAGGGUGAAAGGAAGGGUGUUGGUCGUGGACAGAGUCAGUCGUGUCACCAGUGUAGACAGAGUAUCCACAGCAAUAAGGGCGUGUCUGAGGUGAAGAGUGGGAGAGAGAGAAUCAAGUGCAGCACGUGCACACGUUUCUGGUGUGAGCAGUGUCUUCUCAAUCGUUAUGGUAUCGUCAAGGAAACUGUUGCCGUGGUGACGUGGGUAUGUCCUGUGUGUUCCAAUAAGUGCAACUGUUCACUCUGUCGCAGGAAGGAAGGAAAGCUAGCCACAGGGAUUCUGACACCGCUGGCAAAGGUCGCAGGGUUCGAGAGCGUGUCUGACUUUCUCACCGAGGGAACUAACGACAUUGCCAAGAUUCUUCAGUGGCAGUCCAACAGCCAACCUGUCUCCUCCAGGAGUGCAGAAAGAAAUGCAACAAAAAGUGAAACUACAAGCCCCAAGACUGUAUCUCGGAAACGCCGAGGAGCACCCACCACCUCUCCUUCCUCACUCACUCCCCAAACUCACCAGAGCACCAAACCCUCCAUCAUCAAUCUCUCUGGCAAACCUGCCUCGACCACCACAGAAUCCACUUCAACAACUGACUCUGCGGUUCACUCGUCACACAGCCCUCCCUCACAUCUCCCCUCUCCCUUCUCCCCAACCUCCCCCUCCUCUUCCACCGAGCUGUUUGUUUGGCGGUCGUCACGGAGACGAAUCCUGACCCAGAGAUUCUCUGCCGGCGACUACAGUGACGCUCCGCAGCAUAAAAACCCAUGCAGAGAGAAUGAUGGAAUUGCCACAGAAAGACGAAGGAGUAAGAGAGAAAGGAGAUUGUCAGAAAGGGAAAAUGGAGAGCCCCAGAAGGAGGUCGGAGAGUUUAACGAGGGGGAGUGGCUUGAGAAACAGGGGGAACUGGAGGACCUUAGGAAGUUGCAGCUGCUGAAUCUGAAGUCAGAGCACGAACGUUGGAAGCAGUUGGAGAGAGAGUAUCGUCAGAAAGAGAAGGAGAGGGCAAGGGAGGAGAGAGAGAGGGUGAGGGAGGAGAGAGAGGGGCUGAAAAGAAUGGCCAGAGAUAUCUCCAAGCAGUUCAACGGUGGUCACCCACCUAGGACAGAGCGAAGGACGCAUGAUGAGGUUAAAUUGGUUACGGACACUUCUUCUUCCGCCCGCAAAGAUAUUAUACAGUCGUCUGACGAGCAGGGACUUACCCCUCUGCCCGAUAUCCCGUCACUGGUGUUGCCCGUGGCAACGCACCUUGUGCCACGACUUCUCAAAGUGGCAGAGUUUCUGGCAACCUUUGCGGAGGUUUUGAAACUGAAGACCAAGCCGACAGCUGGUAACACAGUUAGUGUGUAGCCAUUACUUCCUGUUCCGUGAAUGUUUUUCCUGAAGUUCUUGGGAGAGGGGACGGACAAGCACUUGAAUUUUUCGUUUGCCUUAGUGUUCUUUUUCUCGCUAUGGAACCUCCGAAUAAUGGCGACAUUUUGGGAGCAAACGUCUUUUAUGGGGAUGUUUUCCACUGUAGAAUAAUAUAUAUUUUUUAUUUAACAAUUUUGUGUACGGUGUGCUCUAUUUGGAAUGUCUUUAUCGGUAGUUCUACUUUAGUGUUUCCAUCACUGUUCUACGUUGCAGACUCGCUGGCGGCCCAGUUGACCUCUGACCCUGGACCGGAGGAGAUGUACAGCAGUCUCCUACGUCUCAUUGCUACCUCUUCCCUCCACGGUCAGCUGAGGACUAGGGUCAAAGGUCGUGGGGUGGAGUGGGAGAUACUGGCAGUUGACUUCCUCCACACUCAGGGAAUUGAUGUAAAACCACUAGUGGAAGAGAAGAAGAAUGAAGAUAAAUCCCUGCAGCAGGAAUACAGACUGUCUAUUCUUGAACAGCUCACAACUGUGGCUCUGGACAUGCCCGACGUUAGCACUGCCAUCGAAGUAGCCACGGUUACGGCAUACCAGGCGAAGGUGGAGGGGCGUGUCAGAGAGCGGGAGAGGACAAAGUCCAUCAGCGAGGAUCUCCGAGGUCUGGCGUCUGUCAAAGAGAUACAGCAGAAGAGGAGGGAGAUCAUGGAGCAACUAGCAGCCAUCCGGAGAGAUUCUUAUGAGAGGGAGUACUCUAGUCUGGUUGUGGUUAGGAACACAUGUCUCGGAGAAGACAGACUGUCCAGGAGAUACUGGAGACUACAGAGUCUACCAGGUGUAGUGGUCCAGGAAGACUGUUGUCCUGCUGGUAAUAAUGGUGACUGCACCACUGAGUCUGGGGAGAAGUGGCUACUCGUUGGCUCUCACUCACUGCUUAUCAGUCUAAUGGAGGGACUGCAGUGUGUGCAUCCUAAAGAACAUGAACUGCUGUCAAAUCUCAGAAAACUUUAUUCUGUCAUCACCAAAUCGCUCCCCUUGUGACAAUGACCACUUUUCCACCUGUUGCUUGCACAUAACACAAGUUAUAUUCCCAAAAGACCACGUAACCUUAUACUUAUGUAUUAUAAUACUUAUGUGUAUUGGCAAAAUAACACCAAUACAUAGUCUCAGGUACUCAGACUACUUGCAGGGUUUGGUUCGUGUUGGAGUGACUGAUGAUAUCAAAGACGGCGCUUUGACGUGUUUUCAGAGCAUUCGUGAGUGUGUGAAGCGUUUAGAGCAAGAUGCCAGGGGCAUCCUCAUUACCAUGGAGACGGUCCACCAGUGUCAUUCUGAUGAUGGUUGG